AUGUCUGGACGAGGAAAGGGAGGAAAAGGUUUAGGAAAAGGAGGAGCCAAGCGUCACAGGAAAGUUCUCCGUGAUAACAUCCAAGGUAUUACCAAGCCAGCUAUUAGACGUCUAGCUCGACGAGGUGGUGUCAAACGUAUCUCCGGCCUUAUCUACGAAGAAACCAGAGGUGUAUUGAAAGUCUUCUUAGAAAACGUCAUUCGAGAUGCUGUCACCUACACUGAACAUGCCAAGAGGAAGACCGUCACUGCCAUGGAUGUCGUCUAUGCUUUGAAGAGACAAGGCCGAACCCUCUACGGAUUCGGAGGGGCUAAGAAAGCCGGAAAAGCAAAGGCCGCACGUAGCGGAGACAAGAAGAAGAAACGACGACGAAAGGAGUCUUACAGCAUCUACAUCUACAAAGUGCUGAAACAAGUCCACCCCGACACUGGAGUCAGCAGCAAAGCUAUGUCUAUCAUGAACAGUUUCGUCAACGACAUUUUCGAGAGAAUCGCUGCCGAAGCUUCAAGACUCGCUCACUACAACAAAAGAUCGACCAUCACCAGCAGGGAAAUCCAAACUGCCGUUCGACUUCUGUUACCCGGUGAGCUCGCCAAGCACGCCGUUUCCGAAGGAACAAAGGCCGUCACCAAAUACACCAGCUCCAAAUAA